AUGACUGAAGCCGAGGCAGUGAUCCGUGAUCAGUCCGGAUGGAUCGUGACGAGUGCGAAGAAGGAUCUGGGACCCCUGGACUUUACCGGCCGCAUCGGAGGUGGCAUGAUGGCGGAUAUCCGGCGCCGCGCGCCCUUCUACGUGAGCGACUGGACUGAGGCCUUUUACCCCGAGAACCUCCAGAAGACGGCCUCCACCAUUCUCUACCUCUUCAUCGCGGCCUUGGCGCCGGCGAUCACGUUCGGAAGCCGCUUCCUGGACGGCACCAACGGUCAGUUCGGUGUUCUGGAGAUGAUCAUGUCCACGUCCAUCAGUGGAAUGCUCUUCAGCACCUUUGCCGGGCAGCCUUUGUCGAUCCUGGGCGCCACGGGACCUUUCUUGGCCUACACCUUGGUGGUCUAUGAUUUGGGCAUCGCCUUCAACCUGGAAUUCAUGCCCUUGUACUUCUGGACCUGCAUGUGGUGCGCAUUCUUCACCAUUGUGGUUGCCGUGUUCGACCUUUGUGCCCUCAUGAAGCAUGUGACUAUGUUCAGCGAAGACAUCUUCGCGGGACUCAUCAGUUUGAUCUUCAUCAUCGACGGAGUCAGGCUGCUCUUCUACCCAUUCCCGCCCCUGUUGCUCACAGGAGUGAACUCUGAUGAACUCUGGGUGCAUGACUUGUGCUCAACUGGAUGUGAUUGGGCGGAUUGCCUCUGCGAUGCUUCCUCAUGUCCGCCGAGCCUGCCGAUCAUCCAGAACUUCGCUGACUGCUGGUUCGUGAGCACUGAGUGUGCCUUGACCCCAAAGGAGAGGACGCUUCGAAGGUUUGAAGACGUUUGCAGCGUGCCGCCGGUGCCCUUGCCAAGCGCCUUCUUCGAGCUCUUGCUCUUCCUUUACACCUUCGGACCCGCCACGCGCGGCACGCGCCUACCGCGCGCGGAACGAGUCGCCAGCUACCUGUCCCACUUCCGCCGCACCCCGUGGCUUCUGCGUCCCGUGCGAAACUUCUUCGCCAACUUCGCUGUGACGUUCUCCCUGCUUACGGCCAGUGCGCUCGCGGCCAUUUACUCGACGGAGACGAACUUGCGGAUGCUCUCCGUGGAGGCUGAGCUGGCACCGGCACUGACCCUGAGUUCGGGCGCCAAGCGGCCGUGGAUCGUGAAUCCCAUGGGUAUCGAGAUGGAAUUCCCUGUCUGGGGCAUCUUCUUCGCCAUUGUGCCUGCAAUUGGGUUCGCGGUCCUGGGAUACUUGGACCAGAACUUGACCAGCGUCAUUGUCAAUCGGCCAUCCAACAACCUCCAGAAGGGCCCCGGCUACCAUCUGGACCUAUUCGUCCGCGGCGCUGUGACGUUGCCCGCCUGCGCCUUUCUGGGGCUGCCGCUCUCUGUGGCCUCCACCGUGCCCUCCAUCACCCACGUGAUCUCUUUGACCACCUAUGAGGUGCAGCAGCUGCCGCAGGGUGAGCGCAAGGUGCCAGUGAAAGUGGUGGAACAGAGAGCCACGAACUUCCUGAUUCAUGUCCUCAUCGGCUGCGCCUUGUUCUUGGCUCCGGUGCUGAAGUUUCUGCCCCGCGCGGUGCUGCAAGGCGUCUUCUUUUACAUGGGUAUCGCCUCCUUGACAGGCAACAACCUCUUCGAUCGCUUCUUCUUGUUGUUCAAAUUGGAACGCAGGAACCGGCCUUCCUACAUUUACGUCCAGAAGCUGCCCAUCAAGCGCGUGCACCUUUACACCCUGGUGCAGCUCAUUUGCCUUGCCAUCCUUUAUGGCUUGAAGGAGAUCAAGGAGACCUCCGUGGUCUUCCCCUUCUUCAUGGCUUCGCUGGCGAUCAUUCGCAAGGUGCGCCGGGAAAACCUUCGCGCUCCGCUGCGAACCCUGCACCUCCGCGGAGCGCCACUGAGGCCUUGCGGUGGAUGUUCACCCCGGAGGAGCUUAAGUAUUUGGACUCCUACCCAGAUGAGGACGAGGAAGAGGCCCGGCCGGGUCGCGGGUGGAAAGGGUUCCAGUCCGGGUCGCGGUGUCGCCCGGGACGCCACUGCCGGGCAUCCACGUCUCCGGGUCACUGCGCCCAGGAGAUGGGACCACAGCCGGACUUGGAGAACCUCCCUGAGCCCCCCCAGGCGGGUGAGACGAUUCGAUGAAAGACCACCUGGGCGGGGGGAAGCCCAAAACACGAGUCGUUUGGAACCGGCGUUGGAUCGAUCUGACAAGGAGGUCCAACCUUGGCAUCUCUUCGUCUCCUUUUUCUCGGUGCGACCCGAACUCGUGAUGAUUCGACCCGAACGGACGAACUCGUGGUACUCGACGGUCGACGGACGAAGGCGACGCGUCGGCGAUCUGAAGGCGAUGGGCGUCGAACGCCAAUCCGCAUCGGUCCUGAGAACACGGUGGCGUUCGAAAACCCUGGGUCCUCAGGAUCGGUGA